AUAAUAGAAGCACACAAAGGAAGGAUGAAGACAGGUGGACAUUUUAAAAACGGCUCCUGAUGUGAGGGAGAGGAGGUAAACCGGCCGGUGUGAUGCCUGCGGCUCAGAAAUAGAAACACAGAGAGAGAGGGAGUGGGAUAUCGCUGGAUGUUAAGAGCAUGCGUCAGCAACUGAGGCAGGGCGAACAGGAGCAGUGGGAGCGAGAGACAGAUCGAGGGUAGAGGUUAUGACUGUGGCAUGAGAUGCUACGAAAGGAAUAGAGACUGCCGGAUUCCUCACCUCCAGUGCCACACCUUGGCUGCAUCAUCCCAACACUCCGUCCAGCGGCUUUCGACACAUGGAAUUCCCUCGUCCAGGAAAUCAAUUUGGAACAACCGCUUGAACACCUGCAUGCUCCCAGAAGAUUUAAAACAAAGGCGUGUGAAAAGGACAACCAGUCCCAUCAUUUUAGUAGCAGAUAUUUUUAUUACAGAAGAGGAAGAAUACUGUCCAAAACAAGGGGAAAAUAGGGACUGUGUUUAUUCUGAGUGACUGUCUGGAGAAGAUCUUUCCAGAAAGAAAGGCACCAGCUUAUCACGGUGUGGACAUGAUGAACUCAUGUCCGCCCAUUCUCAAGGAAAGCUCCACCUAAAAGACAAUGAUGGUGGGAGUAUUGGAGCACAGACCUCGAAGCGGGCUGACUGACCGACUGACCGACUGAGUGUGUGGGUGGCUUUCGGUGGACUUUGAGGACACGUAGCUCCCUGUAGGGGGAGAUCCCGUUUGGGUGUUGGAGUUCCCAGCCAUGGGGGAGACAGCAGAAUACCAGAGGCUGCAUGACACGUCUGAGUCUGACUUCCAACGCCUGCCCAGCGAUGACGAAGAGAAACUGGGCAGUAGCAUGCAGUGUGAGGAAGGCACAGAAUGGCUGCUGGAGCUGCUGAUGGAGGUGCAGCUGCAGCAGUACUUCCUGCGGAUCCGAGAUGACCUUAACGUCACGCGGCUGUCCCACUUCGACUAUGUCAAGAAUGAAGACCUGGAGAAAAUCGGCAUGGGUCGACCUGGACAGAGACGACUGUGGGAGGCUGUGAAAAGGAGGAAAGCCAUGUGCAAGCGCAAGUCCUGGAUGAGCAAGGUGUUUAGCAGUAAACGUCCAGACGGAGGAGACUUCCCCCAGCAGGGCCAGCCGGCCACUUCCUUCCGUAAGCUGUCUUCCACACCUCCCCUGGGCCUGGGGGAGGGAGUCCUGUCCACACACCCUGGCGGUGGUGUUCCUAUUGAUGGGCAGCAGCAGGCUCUGACCUGCCUCAUCCCGGAGAAGGAUCUGACGCUAUUCGAGAAGCUGGGCGACGGCUCCUUUGGUGUGGUGAAGAGAGGAGAGUGGCUGACGCCUGCGGGGAAGGUGCUGAACGUAGCUGUGAAGUGUCUGAAGACAGACGUGCUCACCCAGCCUGACGCACUGGAGGACUUCAUCUGCGAGGUCAACGCCAUGCACUCCCUGGACCACCAGAACCUGAUCCGCCUCUACGGUGUGGUGCUCACACACCCAAUGAAGAUGGUGACGGAGUUGGCUCCUCUGGGCUCUCUGCUGGAGCGUCUGCGGUGUGUUCGUCCUCAGGGCCCGGUGUUGAUCCACACUCUGUGCCAAUAUGCCGUGCAGGUGGCCUGUGGCAUGGCCUACCUGGAGCAGAGGAGGUUCAUCCACAGAGACCUGGCAGCAAGGAACAUCCUGCUGGCCUCGGCUCACAGAGUGAAGAUCGGAGACUUCGGCCUGAUGAGGGCGCUGCCCAACAACGAUGAGCACUACGUCAUGCAGGAGCAUCGCAAGGUCCCCUUUGCAUGGUGUGCCCCAGAGAGUCUGAAGACCAGAACGUUCUCCCACGCUACAGACACCUGGAUGUUUGGAGUCACUCUCUGGGAGAUGUUCACACACGGCCAGGAGCCCUGGCUGGGCCUCAAUGGAAGCCAGAUCCUGCACAAGAUUGAUAAAGAAAGUGAGCGCCUUGCCAAGCCUGAAGACUGUCCACAGGAUAUCUAUCACGUGGUGCUGCAGUGCUGGGCUCAGAAACCAGACGACAGACCCACCUUUGUCGCCCUGCGUGAGUUCCUGCUGGAGACCAUGCCAACAGACAUGUGUGCUCUGCAGGACUUUGACGAGCCCGACAAACUCCACAUCCAGAUAAAUGAUGUCAUCACCAUCAUAGAGGGGAGAGCAGAGAACUACUGGUGGCGAGGUCAAAACAAGCGCACCCUGAAGUUGGGACCGUUCCCCAGAAACGUGGUGACGUCAGUAGCGGGUUUGUCGGCGCACGACAUCAGCCGGCCGCUCAAGAACAGCUUCAUCCAUACGGGACACGGAGACAGCAACCCUCACCGCUGCUGGGGCUUCCCUGACCGGAUAGACGAUUUGUACCUCGGUAAUCCCAUGGACCCUCCGGAUGUUCUCGGUGUGAACCUCAAUGCUCGGCCCUUACAUCUGCCAGGACGAGCUAAAAAGCCUUGCUACGAUUCAGUAAACGAUGAGGAGGAUCUGACUUCAGCAGGACUCAAGAGAUUAUCGCUUCGGAAAACCGGUUCCAUCAAAGGCUUAAAACUGAAACCCGCUGCAUGGGUCUCCGCUUCCAAUCAAGCGGGGAGCAGCCGGACUCCAGGCUCAGGCCACAACCCCAACAGCGAAGUGUCCCUCAUUGACUUUGGGGAGGAGUUCCCCCCGCCCACACCCUCCCCCUCACCUGUGGUUGAAAUUCAGAUUCCAUCACUGGCAAAGCUGCUUUUGGGGGGAGAGAACCUCCUGGAUCGAACGCCACCUCAGAGUCCGUCUAAGUCGUUGCCCCGCCCACUUCACCCUACACCCGUAGUGGACUGGGAUGCCCGGCCGUUACCUCCACCCCCGGCCUAUGACGAUGUAGCCCAGGACGAAGACGAUAUGGAGGUGAGCUCCAUCAACAGCUUGGAGCAGCAGCAGGAAGAAGAGCAGAGCGUGGAGGUGGAUGGUGAGGUUCUGGUCUCCAGGGGUCCGGACAGAUCAGGCUUCGAGGACAACCUCUUCCUCCCCAGCCAGCAGAGCCAGGUUUUGUCCUCGUCCUUCUCGCAGUCCGCUGAGAUCUUCCAAGAACUCCAGCAGGAGUGCAUGAGGAGGCUGAACGUACCGACAGGAAGUGCAACGCGCUCAAGCUCGCCGUCUUGGACACAGGAGGGACACCAGCAGAGUGUCUUUUCCUCCAACGAGGACAGACCUCAGAUCCCCCCACGUGUCCCCAUCCCCCCUCGCCCCAUUAAGAGAGGGGACUACACCUCUGCUCGCUGGUCACGUGAUCUCUCCCUGUCGCCGACACCGGCUGACACCACUGAGGAGGUUUCAGUUUCGAACCUGGAGCGCCCUCCUCAGAUUCCUCCCAGGGACCCUUUGUCCCAGCCGGGCUCCAGGACUCCCAGCCCCAUGGGCCUGGUGGUGGGCUCCCCUCAGCAGAGAGUCUACUCUGUGAGCCCCACCACCAUGCCAGCUCCCAUCUCCUCCUCGUCCACACACACAUACGGCUCCUACCUCUCCUCCUCUCCAGGUAAACUCAUGCCCACCACGCACAGCUUCGCCUCAGAUCCUAAAUACGCCGCACCUAAAGUGAUCCAGGCGCAGGGGAAGGAUGCCAGCAAGGGCCCCUGUAUCCUCCCCAUAGUGCGUGACGGACGUAAAGUCAGCAAUACCCACUAUUACCUGCUCCCAGAGAGGCCCCCGUACCUCGACCGCUUCGACCGCUUCUUCAGGGAGGCGGAGAGCCUGCCUGCCAUAGGGGGGGAGGAGAGACAUGUACGGCAAGCUAACACCGCCACCGUGAGACCCAUGGUGGUCAGCAGCCAGACUCUGCAGGGACACACCCAGGGACAGGGGCUCGUCCAGCCAGGCGAUCUGAAGGCUAACUUCUCCUCCAACAACAACAGCAGUCUGGGGGGGCCCCGGUCAGGGAUGAAGACAUCAGUCAGUCUCCCUCGCGUGUGUUCGGAGGGGCUGACAGCGGCGGUGGUCCCCACGGCUUCCUGCAUCAGGAUAGAUGGAGGAGGGAACUCAGCCGACAGGGUCAAAAUGGUGCAGGAUGCAGUUCACGGUGUCACGAUAGAGGAAUGCCAAGUUGCCCUCCAGAACCACAGCUGGAAUGUCCAGAAAGCUGUGCAUUAUCUAAAGGUGGAGCAGUUGUUCUGUUUGGGUCUGAGGAACAGGUCCGAGUGUCGAGAGCUGCUGGAGAUGUGUGACUGGAACCUGGAGGUGGCCAGCACUCACAUGUUAGAUAACUAUGGAUCCACAACAAGACAAAGACGGUGACAGGAAUCUCAAGCUGCUGAGCUCAGAUUGGAACUUCAUCCUCAGAAAAACAUCAUCAGUGGAGGUGAAUCUGCUCCUGAAGCCUUUCCAUUAAUGCUUCUGACCUCCUCCAAUCAGCAGACUGUUAUUUGAUCAAGCACAUUUUUACUGAACUAGCAAAGAGAAAAUCUUUAUGAUGGCUCCAUUCAUACCUAACAUGGACAAGGGGAUUUAUCCUGGGGGUAAAAAGAGAAGACUCUUUGACUUUCAGAGGCAAAAAAAGACACUUUCAUUGUGAGUUUCAUUUGAACACCCUCAACAGAGUCACUGAUGCUGCCAGAUUGUGUCAGAUCCACUCCCUGCUGACCGACCGCAGACUUUCAUCUUUUCUUUUGUCCAUUUCGUUAAUGCCAGAUUUAAGUGAUUCUGAAAAGGCCAAAACGAGUCAAAGAGCACAAUAUACACAAUGGCACGUCCAAAAAAAAAAGGUCCUUACUUUGUCAUGAGGUCAUUGUAUUAUGUGGAAUUAUGCCAAGAACUGGUGUCUCAUGUAGUGAACAGUGUCAGAAAAUAACCAAAAUAUCUGUAUAGUGUUUACGGAUAUUGCCUCAACCACGUAGUGGACAAAAAAUACAAAGCUAACACUUAAAGGGCUGUCCAGGUAUUAUUGUACAGGACAUAUUUUGAUAGUUUACAGUUAUAAAAAAUUGAUCUGAAAAUGGAAAUAGUUUUGACUGAAAGACAAAAUGCUGCUGCAAAAGAAACAUUCAGACUUCUUCACAGUACAAAAUAAAGAUCAUAUCCUCAAUACUUUUUUAAGAAUACAUUGAGUAUUGAUAUCAAGGUAAAACCAUCCCAGUUACAACCUAGAUCAUAAGAAUAAAUGGAAAUAGAUAAGAAGGGAAGCUGUUAUAUUCACUUAUUUAAAUACCCUCAAAAUAUAUAUAAGGGUGAACACCUAACAAAGAGACAUUUAUGUGUUAAUUUACAAAAUAUUGAUAUUUUAUUUUAAUAUAUUUCGAACACAAUGCUCAGAGACAAGAGAGGACCCAUAACUGGGAAGGUCAUUUUCUGAAUUAAUUAAAUCUCCCCUUGAGCUAAACACUGAUCUAUGACUGUUGCCACAUGUGGCUUUAAAAAAAAAAAAAAGAACCACGCAGGCAGUGGAAACUUCCUACACCUCUGAUGUAGUCUUUCCUCCUCUCUAAGCACUUUGCCCGAGCAUAACUCCUGCACAUCAGCUGAAAGCUCCAUCCAGCUGGGUACUUUCUGCAGACGGCGUUGGCAGCUAAUAACAGCAACGCAAGGGAAAUUCACCCCAAGGCACAGAUCCCGUCUCAUAAUCAUCACUUCAGAACCACUACUGUGAUAUUUUGGUCAGUGGCUUUGGGGGGAGGGUAAUCAUUUUAAAACUGGGAGGACGUGUAAGCGCGCUGCUGGAUGUGACAAUAAAUGUUCUCACUGGGUAUUGUCACAGCACUGCCUUCGGCUAUGAAAAUCUAAAAACUGUCAGGCAUGACCGGCUUCAUUUAACUCCAGAUUCAGUCUGUUGGGCUUUUCUAAGAAAGAAGGGGAAAUAAAAAGGCACUCCAUGCUGUGACUUCUAGAUUCUUCAACAAUGUUACUUUGUUGGCGUUUUAUUUUUGACAAACAUGAUCCUUCAACCCCAGUGUGUAGCAGGUCUGAGAUGGUGUGGUUGGGCGGAUACUCCAAUAAAGAAACCAGAACAAGCCUGCUACAGUACCUGUGUGGAAUAUAAGGAAAAGAAAAGAUAAUGUGUGUAUAUUUCUAAAGAUUGUACAGUGCUGAUUUUGGAUGUCAACCUCCUGUCAAAGUUUUCUCCUGAUAUUUUAUGUAAAUGUGACCAAAGGGGAUUUUUUUGUUCUGAUAUUAAAGUAAGGAUUCUGAAAAAACAGUCAGGAUUCUGGGAUCUUUCUCUGAAAUCGGACUUUGAUCUCUGAAUUUUUACUUUUUCUCAAAGUCCGGACUUUAGU